AUUGGAGUCGUCUGCCUGCUGCCGGAUUGCCAACAGCAUCCCUCAAGGAACACGGCCAGACUUUCUCACGGCAAGUGAUCGAGCUUUAUAUCGGUUUUGGUUGAUGAAAGAGGUGAAGAGAUACGGACGUAUUAGUUCAGAGUGACCAAUGGACCCAGGAAAUGGCAGAUUUCAAUAGCCAUGGAAAUAUAGAGAGGGGAAAGGAAUCUAGUGAAGUGAAGACUGAUGUGAAACUUCUGCUGGAAUGUCUCCAAUAUCAAGCUGACAACUCUGCAGCUACUAAACAAGCCCUUUUUACGUUGGCCUCCAUCUUUUCUAACUAUGAAGGAGCAAAAGAUCAUUUUCGUGGCAUUGGCGGCCUAAAUUAUGUUUUCAACAUUAUAACAUCUACAACGAAUUCGGAAGUGCAGGAAUCAGCAUUUUAUUGUUUAGGAUGCUGCAUAGAAAAUAAUGUCUUCUGCCAAAAGUGCCUCACCUCUUCCGGUGUGUUUGAAUACCUCCAUGGAAUCCUGUCAAAUACACAAUGUCCCACAAGGCUCAAACAAACAGCAACUUUCUUCCUUCUCAACCUUGUUUCCAACAAUGGUCAAGGACAAGCAUUGGUGAGGACUUCAAGAUGUUUAUCAGAUUUGUUGCAACUCUUACGUAAAACUUUUCCAAAGACCGAAGUGUUUAACAGACAGGAAUCUACCGAGUCUUGGUUUGAAGAUGUAGGGAUGACCAGUUUGGAGUUGUGGUCAAGUGUUGCUAGCACACUCUGCAUGUGUGUCAAUAAUCCACGCAACGAUGAGAACCAGGGCCGAUGUGGACUUGAGCUGGGGUUUAUGUUCAGCCUCAUACAGCACUGUGACAACCCCUCUGUUCUACGACCUCUCUUAUCCCUUGUGGGAUUCUCUGUUGCAAGCAAUGCUCGCAAUCAGGACCAAGUCCGGCAGUGUGGUGGACUCUUGGUCCUCAUUGCCCGGCUCAAGGUCGCCUUGGACUUGGCUUUGUGUCAGAACUCGGAGACCGACUCUCGCACGGAACAUAUAAACCUUGCAGUUACUAUUGCAAGAACCAUAGAUUCUUGUAUACUUGACAAUGCUGAGAAUGCGGAAGAUUUGGGAAAAGGUGAUGCAAUACCAUCAUUGCUAGAAUUACUGCUAUUGGGAUCCCUGAGGCAGGAGGACAAGCUUCAAGUGGUGCUGACACUGGGACAUAUGCUGGAACUGUCCUGUGAGAACAGGAUUAAGAUUGAUGCAGUCACUGGCCUUCCAGAUCUAGUUAAGCUUCUCACAGACUCUGAAGAUGAAGAAUUCUCAAAGGCUGUUAAAUAUCUUCUUCAAAUGUGUGUUGCCAAAAAUGAAAAGAAUUUUCUGGAAUCAAAGGAAGAAGAUCUUGAUGCUGCCAGGAGAGAAAAUGGAAAGAAAAUGUUGCUGAAAAUUGAUGAAAUAAGUGAAAGAUUGAAAGUAAUUGAAAAAGAAGCUGAAGAAAAAAGCUUGGCCUUACAGCAAACUGGACAAGGAAAAGAACCUGUUAAGGAGAGAGGCUGUGGUAUUCUUUCUGCAACACCAUACAAGAACAAUCUCCUUUUUCAAUUACAACAGGAAAGAGAAGAGAGAAAAAGGAUGGAAUCUAUUGCUUUUCGAAUGCAUGUUCCAUCGCCACAUGUUCAGCAGUAUGGUUUAGAACCAAGGCCAUGUUUGUCGGAGGAAAAUUUCCCGGUCCACAGAGGAACCUUUAUAGAAUCUGAUAGACAAAGACUGCAUCAUCAGUCAUUGUGUUGUAGUACGCCGGAUAGCUCCUGCCAUAGAAAAGGUUUUGGACAAAAUCCUAACAUGUACUGUGUGAACAACUGCCCAGAGUAUACAUGUGGAAAUCAGGAUGUUGAUUGUCAUUCCUCAGCAGGGCAUGGGUCCCAUUUCAUAGGACCUGAUGGAACUGCUAGACUAUGCAUGCCAAAUCAUCAAACUACACAAGAUAAUUCUGGGAAAAUAACAUCUGUACAAGAUACAAAUGCAGCUUAUGAACCAAAGCAUCAUCAUGUUGAUCUGAAGCUAAACAUGCCUUGCAGCACUACACAAGUGAAAGCCUUCUCCCAAGAUUUGACUCCAUUAAAGAAGUGCAUCUUAGAUCAUAGAGGGGACAGGAAUAGUGAUUGUCAGUGUCCAGAAAGAUAUGGGAAUGAGUUGUGUUCUACUUUAAACAUUGAUACAGUUGAAUUUAACCAUGAAAAUAAAGGCCCAAAAACUGUCAGAGGAAUUGACCAAGUGACUGAUGUUACUACAGAUAACAGCCGUUGUGAGAGUGCAGGUAGGAACACUCUUGGGAAGGAACUGGCUAGCUCCAAUACAUAUCUUAAUCAAGGUCUUAAAGGAUUAGAAAGAAUUGAUAAAGGAAAGGUAUCCGAGGAUCUGACCAUCAAUCAAAUGAUGGUGACAUCAACCUCUGCCACAGACAUACCCAAGAUGUCAACCUCAAGUGAUCAAUUCACAGAUCAUGGUAUGCUUAGAAAUUCAACCAGUACUCCGAAGAAUUCCAAGACAACUUCUUUAAUUAGAAACUCAACAGACAUUCACUCUCAGUAUCAGAAAACCAGGACAAGUGUCUCUAGCAAUGUGUCUACUGACAGGUGUUCAUUGAACAACUCAAGUACUAGUAAUGAACACAACUCUUCUGUGAAAAAGUCAUGUAAUCUCACAAAAAGGGAUGAUGUGUUUGUCAAACCGAAACCUCCUACAGUGGCUGGUUGCUAUCAAACACCAGUACGGCGCCCUUCCAAUACAAGAAUGACCCGAUCGCUGGGUAGCAAAGACAGGCCAAAUAUGUCGGUCAAGUUGGGAGUUUCAUUGCAUUCAAAAUCAACUAUUGCAGAUUCAUAUCCUGAUUCUGACUGCAGCUCUGUUCUAGAUACAAAUUCAGAAUUUGAUUUAGAUUUAGUGAAGACUGCCAAGAAAAACAGAUUAAAUCAAACUGUAAUUCAAAGGAAUUCUUUUUCACAAAAUAUAUGCUAUAGUGUGACUCCAAUAAAACGGAAGUCACUACCUAUCAAAGAACUUCAGAGAGAGAACGACAGGACUAGAAUACGAGAGGACCGACCAAAUGUGGGGAGUACGCCAUGCAGUGUAAAAUCUAUUGAUAGGAUGACAGAUCAUUUCCAUGAUGAGAACUACUGUGAAAAUUACUCUGACACAUUUUCCAGUGUUGAAGAUGAUGAUUCUGACAUUGAAAACUUAGAAAAUUCUCGAGAAGAGAAUUUGGUUUGCCUUGAUAAUCAGAAAUUAUCUGCAGAGUUGGGAGCCUCUAAAUGUCCAGGUUGUACUAUCUGGCUCAGCUCACCAUCAAACAAGAAAAGGAUGGUGAUGAACAGCAGAACCUAUAAUCUACUGUUGGAGACCAGCUUGUACACAUGCGAGAAUCACAAAGCUAUACGAGAUAGUGAGAGGAAAUUCAUCCAGCAGACGAGGAAGAACUCUUCUUCACUUUACAAAAACAGAAGGCUCUUACCUUCCAUUUCUUCAUGUCAUAAAGAAGAUUUACAAUACACAAAGAAAACCAUGUCUGUGUAUGACUUCAUGUCCAGUGAAUCAGAUAGAGAUGACAGGGUCACACCUCCACAUUCAUCAACUUCCUGCAAGUACAACCUGGCAACUUUGAGGAAUAUGGUAUCACGUCGCAAUAGGAUCCCUUAUGCACAGGAGGAAGUGGACAACAUCAUUAAGGGUGUGGCACAGCUUGGUACCCGUUGGAACCAGAUACUUGUGACUUUCAAGUUCCACCCCACCAGGACUGCCACUGACCUCAGAGACAAAUACAAACGACUGGUGACCUCACAAACAGAUAUUCAGGAAGAAACUAUAUCAUCUGUCAGUAACAAGAAUAGAAAGAAAAGAGGCAGCAAACUAUUCUCUAUGUGUGAGGAGCGGCGUCUUAUAAGGGGAGUAAAGAAGUAUGGCUACAAUUGGAAGUCCAUUCUCAACUCCUACAGCUUCUCAAAGGGACGUAAUUCUCAGGAUCUCCGCAACAGGUGGAGGAGCAUGCACAAGAAAGUAACACACGUGUGAUUCUCUUUUUGUUGAUUCCAGAAUCAUUAGGACUAAGUGGCAAACCAAUUCAAACAGGGUUUCAGAUAAUAUCCAAAAGAACUUACUUUCAAAUGUAUUAUUGUGUAUGGUUGAUCCACAAACAGAUAGAUUAGAUUACCAUUGUUUCAAAAGCAUAUGUGGAAUUGACAAAGUCAUGUCUAAAAGCUGAGAAGCAUCCACAAAAGCAUGACUUUAUACAAUUGAGUACAGUAUAAAUUAAAUGAGGAAGGUUGCAACACGUGCAUUUACCGAGAAUAGUAACUAGGUUAUGUAUAUAAGAGGAAAAUUGUUACAGGGUGACAUAUGAGAUUUAAUGGUUGUAUACCAUGAUACCAUUAUACAUGUUUUAUUCUGCCCGGUAUAAAAUAUCAACAAAGAGGUUACUUUUAGAGUAUUGUUUAUUUAUUUCUUCAAUUGUUACAAAUGUACAUGUAUCUAUAAAUUCAUGUACUGUUCAUCAUUGAAAGUCUGUGAUAUAUUCUGUUCUAUUGUUAAAUCAUUAGCUUGAAAUUUAAUCAUAUAUUUCAAAAUAAGUAAGGAAGUUUAAAUUACUGGUGAAUCGAAGAUUUUGUAUACAAUUGUGUUGAAUUAACCAUUUAUUGUGAUUGUGUUUAAUACCAGAAGCCUACAUCAACAUUGUUGCUUAUAGUUGUCCCCCUUGUAUCAAAGGUUUUAAUAUGUCUUUCUUCAACUCGCCUUGUCUGAUUAAGGAUCAAAGUGAGCUUACUUUAUGCCUAACCAUGGCAUCUGGGUUUUUUUCCAUUAACAAAUGGAUUGUCUCAGAAUUUAACCAAUUUGGUUGGAAUAAAUCCAUAGUUGAUGGAGUCAAUAAAUUACAAUUGUACAAAAUGACCACUUCAUGGAGGUAGAGCUUAAAAGAUGUAAUCUGACCUAUUGCAUUAAGCAACUUCUACUCUGGAUUGAUAUGAUAGAUAUAAUAUAAACUAUAUUUUGUUGGAACGGUCUUUUAAGUGGUAAAUUUUCAAAAAUAUGCAAACCCAUGGAGGACUAGGGCUGACCUCUCAGGAUUUAGAAGUGGGGCAAGAAAGGGUCAAGUUGGCUAUAUCGAUCACUGUAAACAACUUCUUCUUAUGGAAUGAGGGAUUGGGGCUAAUGGAAGCACACUUAUGCAGGUGCAAAUGACUCAAAAAUAUACAAAUAAAAGGGCUUACCCCACAGGGGGCUGAAGUGGCAGGCAAAAAGAAUGAUUACUUAGAAAUGGUUGAGAUCCGGUCGAUCCCCACCCUACUAAUGUAGAACCACAAAAUAUGGUUAAACUCCUGGAGUUUCCAGUUACUCGGUUAGGUCAGCCCCAAAGAAACAUAUAUCUUUGUGUUUUCUAAUUCGUUUGUAUCGGAGUAUCUGAGGUAUUUCUGUUGAGUCCUGGUAUAUUCAUGAUCACAAUUAUCAGUUCAAACAAAGUACAUGACUUUAAGUCCCUGAAAAGUAUUCUACCAAUACUUUUGUUAUUUUAAAAAGUUUGAUAGUGAAAUAAUAUAUUUUUACGUUGAAUAUAUACAAUCUAUACAUUGUAUGUACUUUGGGAUUGUUUUGGUUAUUAAUUUAUUUAUCAUCAUAACAAUGAAACUUGCCUUAAAUUAAGGUAUUUGAUGGGUCAAUAGAACGACAGCAAUUGAGUAAAAUAUUUCUACAUCAUUCAUCAGUACAUGUACUUUUCUACAUAUUUCAAUGAACUAUUUGUGUCAGUUACAUAAAAAUGGAAGAUCUAAAUAUAUGUAUAUGAAUUGUGAUCUAUGAUUUGUUUCAAAAGAAAA